AUGGGAAGACUAUUCUUGAUAGACCUCGAAGGACCGGUUUAUAGCUGCAAGCAUUGCCAGACACAUUUCGCUGUCAUGAAUGAUCUAAUCUCGAAGUCAUUUCACUGCAAGCAUGGAAGGGCUUACCUUUUCGAAAAUGUUGUCAAUGUGACGGUUGGAGAGAAGGAGCAGCGUGUUAUGAUGACUGGUUGGCACAUUGUAGCUGACAUCUUCUGCGUUGGCUGUGGCUCUCUUGUCGGCUGGAAAUACGAAAUUGCAUACGAGAAGUCUCAGAAGUACAAGGAAGGAAAAUUCAUCAUAGAAAGGUUUAAAGUGCUUGGACCCGAUGGAGGCGGAUACGACAUGAACCAUGACGAGCCGAUGAUGGAAAGCGACGAAGAAUGA